AUGGGCAACGCUUGGAACCGGGGAAGAGUGUGGGAACUGAGCAGGACCCUGCUGGGCAACAGAUAUGAAGUCAGGAUACAGAUCAAGCAGCUCCCUCGGCAGCAGGGCGAGCGAAGAGCCUCGCCCUGCCUCUGGGCGGCUGCAACACGGGAAGAAGUGAAACCAAAGACCUUGCCCCCUGCGCCUGCUGUGCCCACUGUGCCUGCUGUGCCAGCUCCCACCUGUGGAGGGCUGAGAGAGGGAGGGGGCGGUAGAAGACCCGCUCUGACCCUGCGAGCAGCCCGUGACCAGGGCUGGGGGCACCUCUUCAGCCUGUGCUCUCUCUUACCUCCCACAGAUCUGCGCCCUUUAGACAUCCUCUCCGAAGUGAUCCCCCCGAGCGGCAGCGGUCCCUCUGGCGGCUUGAGGAUGAUCCAGGCCCAGGGGGCCCGGGGCUUCCAGCUGUCGGCCGUGUACAGCCCCCGCCUCCUGAGCUUCCCGGCCUCCAGGAUCUUUCUACACUGUGACCUCUUUCCUGAAGAAUUUUCCAUUAUUGUCACCCUGAAGGUCCUCAACCUCCCCCCCAAGAAGAACGAGUACAUCUUCACGGUGGUGGAGGAGGCCAGCGACACCCUGCUGGUGGGCCUGCGCUACUCGCCCCGCAAGCUGCACUUCCUCUUCCUGAGCCGGGAGCGCUCGGGCAGCUGGCAGACCCGCGUGACCUUCCAGGACGUCCCUCUGACCGACAACCAGUGGCACACGCUGGUCCUGGCCGUGUCCGAGAGCUCCUUCUCCCUCACGGCCGACUGCAGCGUGCCCACGGACGUGAUUGUCGACACCCCGUUCCCGAUGUCUUUGACCAUGAAGGGAUCCCGGUUUUUCAUCGGGAGUCGGCGGAGAAAGAAGGGCACCUUCACCGGCCUGCUGAGGCAGCUGGUCCUGCUUCCUGGUUCCGACGCCACUUCCCGGAUGUGCCCCAGCAGGAACGCCCAGCUUACUGUGCUGUCCAUCCCCUCGGUCCUGCAGGACCUCGCAGGGAUGCCCGAAGAUGAGGUGCUCCGGUUCCCUUAUGAGGCUGACAUGAAAGUGACCCUGGGCCCGCGGCCUCAGUGCACCAGGAGGGAGCCCGCCCGCUUCUGGUUCGACGCCUCCCGGAGGGGCCUCUACCUGUGUGUCGGCACCGAGUGGGUGUCCAUGAUAGAAGCCAAGGUGAAGCUGGACUAUGUGGAGGAGCACCAGAGCCUGGCCACGCCGUCGGAGACCAUGGGCAUCGAGGUCUUCACCAUCCCGCACGUGGGGCUUCUGGCGGCCGCCGCCAACCGCCAGGCCAGCUCCACCAUCUACAAGUGGGUGGACGGAAAGUUCGUUUCCUACCAGAACCUCCCCACUCACCAAGCCCAGGCCUGGAAAUAUUUCACAAUAGGAAAAAAGGUCUUCCUGGUGGUGGCGAACUUUGAGCCCAAAGAGAAGGGUCGGCAGGAGCUUUCGGUCAUCUACAAGUGGAGCCCCAGGAAGCUCAAGUUCGUCGCCUACCAGCGGAUCGUGACUCACAGCGCCCGGGACUGGGAGGCCUUUGAGAUUGGAGGGGAGUCCUUCCUGGCCGUGGCCAACCACCGGGAAGGGGACAAUCACAACAUCGACAGCGUCAUCUACAAGUGGAACCCGAGAUCGGGGCUGUUCGAGACCAACCAGACCGUGGCCACGUCGGGCGCCUACGACUGGGAGUUCUUCACCGUGGGGCCCUACUCCUUCCUGGUGGUGGCCAACACCUUCAACGGCACGUCCACCAAGGUGCUUUCCCACACCUACGUGUGGCUCCUCGGCUCCUUCCGGCUCUUCCAGUCUUUCCUGACCUUCGGGGCUGCAGACUGGGAAGUCUUUCACAUCGGGGAGCGGCUCUUCCUGGCCGUGGCCAACAGUCACAGCUAUGACAGCGACGCUGGGGCGCAGACCAACUCCUACGCUGUCAACUCCGUCAUCUACGAGCUGAACGUCACCGCUCAGAUGUUCGUCAAGUUCCAAGACAUUCCCACCUACAGUGCUCUGGACUGGGAGUUUUUCUCUGUGGGAGAAGAUUACUUCCUGGUUGUCGCGAACUCCUUUGAUGGGGAGUCCUUCUCCGUGAACAGUAUUAUAUACAGGUGGCAAGGCUACGAAGGCUUCGUGGCCGUUCACCACCUCCCAACCUUCGGCUGCAGGGACUGGGAAGCCUUCAACACAACCACAGGCUCCUACCUCAUGUAUUCCAGUGCCAAAGAGCCGCUCUCCAGGGUGCUGAGGCUGAAAAUAAGCUGAGCCAGGCAGCCACAUCCCACCUUGCCUCGCCUUCCGCCACCUUCCCAGGAGCCCUGGGAAUAGCUGCACUUGAGGACAGCCCCCUGGUUUGGAUGACUCUGGAUUGGCUACAAGGGGAGGGGGCACCUGGGCACCAUCUGGCACUUUAAAGACCUCUUACUGACUCCUCCACUUGGGAGGAGAGCAGACACUGCCUGCAUGGGCAGGAACCCCCUACUCCCUGAUUUCCCCCACAAAGAAGUUGGCAGAUUCCUUCCCGAGAGAGUCUUUCCUGGUACGCGGCAGAAGGGAACGGAGCCAGGGCGCCUUCUGGCUUGGUUUGUUCUCUGUCUCCCUAGUCACGGUUCCUCAUUAAGAAAAAGGGCAGCAUCCCUCAGUGGGACUGGUUCUCACAGGGCAGCACUCGCAGCUCAGCACACAGGGAGAGGAAGGUCUGCUCCCUGCUGGAGUUCGUGGUCAAGCUUUUGGACAUGGUUACUCCCGAAGGGCCCCCCGUACCAGUGGCGAAGGAAGGUGCCCGUCUCAAGGAGCUGGCCUUCUGAGCCCAUGUUCGCAGGGCCUGGGUUCCUCGUGGUGCUUUGGGAGAAGUGCCCUUCAGGUAGAAAGGUGUCUUGUUAUUUGCUAAAAGUGAGACCAUAAAAUUGUUCACCUCCUAGAAAACUGGGGGUUCUCUCAGUGAUCUGCAGCCUGCUUCUCCCCUCCCUUCAGCUGUUUGAGAUAAGGACUCAGCAGGAAGAACUCACCAUGGAUAAUAGAAGGGGCCAAUAAUAUGUGGCUAAAUCACAUGUGGGCAGAACGUCUGGACCCUGAAAAGCAGGAGACAGGGGGGAAAUGAUGGCCUUCUAUUUCCAACCCCCAGAAAUUCGACCCAUUGCAAUUAGCCCUGGUUAAGUACCUUCUCUACCAGACACAAGGGGAAAGACACUGGGGAGAGGACUGGCUGGGGAGUCACAAGGCCUCUGACGUACUAUAAACAUUAUGUGGAACUGGCGAUGUGGAUCUGAGAUCCACGAAAUUCUCCAAGGCAUGGGAGGUGCAAUUUACUCCAGGGAGGGAGUUUCUACAGGAGUUCCCUCUACUAAUGAGAGCAUCAGUCCAAAGGGACACAAAAACAGACCAGGGGCUGUCCUCAGGAACAAUACUUUUUAUGUGGGUAUGCUGUGGAAUAUUAUUACACAGACGAUGAAAUACUGAUUCCGUUAGAGAGAGUGAGCACUAGCAGCUAGGGGAAUCAGGGAGAGCUUUGCAUGUACCAGUGCAGGAUCUGCUGAGGAUGCUAAGAAGCAGGGGUGAGGAGGGAGGAUGUCCAGGUACAGGGAACAAGCUGUUCAAAGACUGGGAGGGGGGAGAUGGUGUCAAGGUCAGGAAGUUGCUUGUAAUCCAGUUUGGCUGGAAAGUAAGAUCCCUGAGGAAGUCCGGGUAGUGGGAUGCAGAGCUGGCUGGUUUUAUCCCGGAUGCAGGGGGAGCAACAUGGCCAGAUGGUAUCUUGGGAAGGUUCGCCGGGUGAGGAGAGGGAGGCAGAGCAAGCUGGCCACCGUCGUUAGCCACAGACCAGGGACAGUGAAAGUGUGCUGCCCACAAGUAGGAGGGGGGAGAAGAGAGGAGUGCACGAGGGGAGAGGAGAGGAGAGGAGUACACAUCUGGCCCUUGGUGAAACGGGCUUCCAGCCCGCCUGCUCUUUCCCCUCACAGAGAAGAAGGAAACAUGGAGAGUGUGGCCUCCAUCUGCAUCUUCCCAGAAAUCUGGGACAUAGUGAGUGAGAGAGGCAGGAGCACAAGAAGUUCUUCCCAGGCAAUCGGGGACAAGCAAGAGGCGGUGCUGUACAAUGGAAAGUGCUGGAUUGGGAAUCGGAGGCCCAAGGUUCAGACCCUGCCUCUGCUCCUUCCUGCCCCUGUGACCUUGGAGGGACACCCCAUCUUUCUGGUUUUUGGUUUUCUCCUCUUAAAGUGAGAGCAAGUGGCCUCAGGUGAACACUCUCUGACCCUCAACAUCAGGGGCCAUCCCAUUUCCCAAGCAUUUGUAAUCCUCCUGGCCAGAGAAUCUGGUCCCUUCACAUCUCCUGCCUGGCUCGCACCCACUGCCCUCUCUCCCCUUAGAGGUGCUUGCUGGAGCCCUCUCUGCUUCCCAAGUACUUCUAUCACCUUUCUUUGUGCUUUCUGUCUCCCAGAUAUUUCUUCAUGCCCUCCUCACUCCAUUAUUGAGCCCAUCUGAGCCAGCCUGGUCGCAGGGAUGCUGUCACCUGAUACAGGGAAGGGAACUCUGUCAUGUCAGAGGAAAGAUGCGGGGCUCUGGGGAGCUCUCUGCCCUUUUAGCCACCCCGCCCCAUCCUCUGCUUUGUCAAGGAAUGUAUUUAUGUUGCAACGUGUGCUCCCUAUGUAGAAGACCCUAUUUAUUUCAUUGUUCUGUUCUUAAAUAUAUUUAUGAUCUUUCCAACAGAAAA